AUGGUUCGGAUCAAGUUCACUGCCCCCCCGUCGACCGUCCAGCUACAGGCUGCUCCGCGGAACCUCCACACCCUUGCCUCCAACAGCAGACCUGUCACUCGGGUCAAGGCGCAGGAUGUAAUUGAGGCGCCCCCCGAAUUGACGCUGGAGGAACGCGUCUCGCUGAAGCAGCAGCAGAGUCUGGAGAUGGUACAGAUCAUGUUGCAUGUUUCGUUCGGAACACUAUUUUAUCUUCGGGAGUUCCUACCGCUCCCGUGCUUCGACGAUCGGGACCUGAGAGAAGCCCAACGAGAGAACAACCUUUCGUAUCUCCAAUUCAUCGACAAUGAAUCGCGCGUCUCGGAUGUCCCCUUCGGCACAGGUAAGAAAGGACAGCCGUUGAAGAUCAUCAUUCGAGGAUCGGAUCCCAAGGCGGACAUGAUCAUUGAUAUCUUGGAAACGGGUAUCUUCGAUGCGCUGAGCAAGAACGUUCUCGAGGCCGUCCAAUUGACUAUCCUUGUCGACAAGGAUGCCCCCGACAAUGUACUCGAGUCGUAUACCUUUUCCUUCAAGUAUACAGGGGCGUCCGGAGACAUCAAUAGUCGCCUUGAGAGCCUGUCAAUCGAGCCCAUGGGCUGUGUGGCCGAUAUGAAGUCGGCGCAAACGGCUAGAAUCGGUCUGGAGACGAUUGUGAGGCGCUUGAUAACUCUCAGUGCCUUCCUCCCAACCCUACCAAACAAGCGAAAUCUCGGCGUACAUCUGUUCUACACCGAUGAUUGCCCCCCUGACUAUGAGCCUCCAGGCUUCAACGGGGCGAAUGACGAUAUGCUAAAAUUUCCUCUCAACGACAACUGGAAGAGGGAAACACAGUCAUGUGGAACAAUGGACGGUGGAUGGCAUACUGUCGGACUGAAGGUAACCUCCCUCAAAUGGACUGGCCCCGAACCCGAAGGAUCCGAAGCUCCACCCCAGGUCCCGUCUGAGCUGGAAUACAAUGAUCCCGUACGAAGAAUGCAGGAUAUUGGGUUCGAAGAUAAGGAGGAAAUGCUGCGCGCAAUGGGAGGCAUGUCUAGCACGGCCAUGGAAGUCCGUAAUGCGACAGUGGAAGACCAUAAUGCGACAGUGGAAGACCGCAAUGCGACAGUGGAAGACCGCAAUGCGACAGUGGAAGACCGCACUAUGACAGUGGAAGACCGUAAUUCGACAGUGGAAAACAGUAAUUUGACUGUGGACGACCGCAAUUCGACAGUAGAAGACCGCAAUCCGUCUGUGGAAGACCACACUCUGACCGUGAAAGACAGCAGUCCAGACCGCGACCUGGCCAUGGAAAACAGCGAACCGACUGCGGAAGACCGACCAUCUGCAAGCGAAGGCCUUUUGCUUGCGCCGUCACAGAGGACAGAGCCUGGGGAAGGGACGCAAGAUCUUGCCGAUAAGCUUCGGCUACAAAAGAUGUUACCUUCUCAAGCAGAGAGUCCAGAUAGUGACCUGGAGCCUACACAACCGAUCAAACCCACCAUGGCAGUCGAGGACAACGAUGCACCUCUGGCAGAAAGCGGGAAGUUCAUUCUCACGGAGGAUAGUAGGCAAAAGGUCCAAGAGUUUCUACGCUCCCAUGACCUCGAGACUACGAAGACAGCCCAGGGACAAAGCCCCGUCCACUGUCAAUGCGGCUGGGAUGGCGAGGACGCAGCAAUGAUUGAAUGUGCUUUUUGUCACACGCGUCAGCAUUUGCUCUGUUACGGAUAUGAGGAUGCCAGUGACCCACGAGUCCCUGAUAUCCACGCCUGCUACCAAUGCUUGCUUAAGCCCAACGAGCCCAAACUGCUUCGUGAGAUGAAUAGUUUGGCUCUCUUGAGGAGAGCAGUGAGGAUUAUCCUGAACGAAGGAUACCCUAGCACAACGACACUAUUCACACAAAAGCUUCACUGCAAUGGGCAGAGUAUUGUCCAGAUAACAGACUUACUCAGAAAGCGCAAACUACUUCAAGCAACCUCAGGGUAUAAGAGCAAAGGGUUCGUGCGAAGGGGCUUGCCGAAGUUUAGCGUUCCUGGUUCAGAGGAUGCCAAACAGAGACUCCAAGAGGAGAUACUGAGUCCUAUGAUCAAGAUACAGCACCACUUUGUGCAAGGAGGCCCACAAGAUGAAUUCACGCUAUUCAGAUCAGUGACUGGCGAUGAGCUUGAAUCCAUUGCCAAAUACAUGUCCCAAGAGGACGAGGAUUCAUCCCUUGAAAUCAAAGAAAGUGACCAGGAGACACAGGAGACCAUCGAGGAGACCACAGUGGUAGAGGCAAGGAUGACUCGGAAGAGAAAGGCAUCGAUGGCCAACGCGUCCAACCAACCCAGCACCGUGAAAAGUCCCGACGUGCCCGUGCCCGAGCGACUCGGCCGAGUCCUGCGAAAGGACAGUAAAAGAGAAGCAGAAGAACAAGCGAAAGCACAAGAACGAGCGAAAGCAGAACGAGCAAAAGCAGGCAAAGGACCAGGGUCCGGGCCCCAAACCCCCGCUCACCGGAAGCUGAGCGACGACAGUCUUCGCCGAAGCAGCAGAAAAAGACGCAAGAUCAGCAACUACUCCAAAAUCAUUGAUGUUGGCGCUGAAAAUUCCGACCACGAUGCUUCCUAG